AUAUCUAACAGCUCGGCCAUCACAAGGUGAAUCGCAGAUCACGUUGGUGAGAGGAGAACACGGAGUGAUUUUCUGUGCUGCACUACGUCCACAGACGGCUGGUUGCUCUUGACGUCAGGAGAAGUCUGCGCGCUGCGCACGAAGCUCGGCAGCAUCCACAUCGCGCCCAGCGGGCAGGAGAAGCGCAUCGCAGCUACAGAUCGCCAUUUAGCUGUAGUGUGGCGAAUCCGAUCAGCGUUGUAGGAUGCCUCUUGGAGAGGAUGGAAAUGGAUGGAAAAAGAAGACAUCGGACAUCAAAGAACACUAUGACUUCAAAGAAGUGCUGGGAACUGGAGCUUUCUCUGAGGUGGUCCUAGCAGAGGAGAAGAGGACCCAGAGGCUGGUGGCCAUCAAGUGCAUCCCCAAGAAGGCACUGGAAGGCAAAGAGAACAACAUUGAAAAUGAGAUCGCAGUACUACACAGAAUCAAACACCCCAACAUUGUCACGCUGGAGGACAUCUUUGAAAGUACAUCUCAUCUCUAUCUUGUCAUGCAACUGGUAUCUGGAGGCGAGCUGUUCGACAGGAUCGUGGAGAAAGGUUUCUACACGGAGAGAGAUGCCAGCCAGCUCAUCCACCAGAUCUUAGAUGCAGUCAAAUAUCUCCACGACAUGGGGAUCGUCCACAGAGACUUGAAGCCAGAGAACUUGCUGUAUUACAGUAUGGACGAAGACUCCAAGAUUAUGAUCAGCGACUUUGGACUGUCAAAGAUCGAGGGAGCGGGCAGUGUGAUGUCCACAGCCUGCGGCACUCCUGGAUAUGUGGCUCCGGAGGUGCUCGCUCAGAAGCCGUACAGCAAAGCAGUGGACUGCUGGUCCAUAGGCGUUAUUUCUUAUAUCCUAUUAUGUGGAUAUCCCCCGUUUUAUGAUGAAAACGAUGCCAAGUUGUUUGAGCAGAUCCUGAAAGCAGAGUAUGAAUUUGACUCUCCGUACUGGGAUGACAUCUCAGAUUCAGCCAAAGAUUUCAUCUGUCACCUGAUGGAGAAAGAGCCCAUGAAGAGAUAUACAUGUGAGCAGGCUCUGCAGCAUCCAUGGAUCUGUGGAGACACAGCUCUGGACAAGAAUAUCCAUGAAUCCGUCAGCGCUCAAAUCAAGAAGAACUUUGCCAAGAGUAAAUGGAAGCAAGCGUUCAAUGCCACAGCGGUGGUGCGCCACAUGCGGAGGUUGCAGCUGGGCACGAGCCUUGAGGGACCCAGUCAGAUAACUCCCACCAGUCCCUGCCAUGGACAUCUGCUCCCAGAGGAAGAGGAGGGAGAGGAGGAGGAGGAGGAGGAGGAGGAGGAUUUGGGGAAUGGGGAGGAGGAGAGCUUGUCCCACUAUGAGGAUGGCCGCCGUGGAAGCAAUGAGGGUAGCGCAGAUCGGGACAGUCUGAGGAGCUGCACCUACUGCUGCAGGCCGGCCAGCCGCGUCUGAGCACAACCGCCCAUUGCCCUGAUGACACUGUAGCCCCGGAGCGCCCAGAGCCUGCCCGCCCAGUCUGGCCAGGAAUGCAGAGUAGUUAUCAGGAAGGUGUCCACCCGGAGCACAUCCGCAGCGAGCAGGUCACGAUAACGGUGUGCAGAAACAUACCGUUUAAGUCUUUGUCCAAAACCUCGUCCUCACUCAAGAUACACAAGAUGUAACACUGUUGUAGAAAAGAAUGCAAGGCUGCUGCUGCUGCAAAAAGAGAGAGAGAUUUUUUUUUUUUUUUUUAAAGGGGCCUGUCUACAUGAUUAUCCUGAAAUAAACCCCCAUAGCAGCCUCACACGGAGUCGUCCUUUGUGCAGCCGCAGCAGACAGUGGUCACUCGGCAACUCGUGCAUCACAACGAGUCGUCCCGGUUGUUACCUCCAGGAAGCAUCGAAACCUCUGGAGUCUCAAUCAGAGAUGAGGCAGUGGCCCAAAGGCAGUCUCCUGCAUUCUUUUUUUUUUGUCCUGCCAUUAUCCGUCACGUCUACCUCUAGUCACAACCACUGUGUCUGCAUCCAUCUUGGCCCGCACUCGCCGCACCACUGGCAGCUUUCUCCCCAAAAAUCUGGCCACACAGGGCACAAAGAAGAGGGGAGCUCUGCUGGAGGCUUCUCCCGCAUGUCUUAAUAAUCGUUGCCCAUUAAUGUGACUCAGUCCAGCCUGUCGCCAAGUAGCUGUUUAGUGAAACCCAAUUCAACCUGCCCAUUAGUUCUGUUUGAAUCUUUCUCCCCCCCCCCCCCCCUCAUAUUGUCAUUAUUAAACGUUUCAGCAGAUACCUGGUAAGUGGGCGUUGCUUCUUGAGGUUAUCGGACUCUAUAUUCUGGCUCAGACUGGGUUUGUGAAGAGCGGUUCUGACGUGGGAGUGUCUGCAUGCUUCUCUUUCGGGGAAAACGUCCAAAUGUAUGAAUAUCAAAAGGAGACUUUUUUUUGUUUCGUUUCAUGGCUGUUCUGUUCUCAAACUGAGAUCCCCGUUCGCUUGGAAAAAAACACAAGAAUCUCACCUUCCUCCCUGGACAAGGAGGGUUGUUAUAAGAUGCAAGAUCCACUAUGCGUGGGGAAAAAAAAAAAAGAAGACCAUGUUCACGUCACACUCAUUCUGUGUCCAACGAUCUGCCAGCUGUCGGUCUCUGGGUCUGGGUCUGGCCCCGGCCCGUCUCACGCUGAGUCCGGGGGGAUCUCAGUCUGGGAGCUCCGCCUGCUCUGUGCUGUGCACCUCUAGUGGAAGACGUCUUGGUCUACUGUUUGCAUGACCUGGUUAAAUAUGUUUACAUGAAUGAUGAUCAAUUAGUAUAAACACACAUGAUUAUUAUGAUUCUUAUUAUUAUUAUCGUUGUAUUGAAAAAAUAAAUAAUGAUGUAAUACUGUAAUAUUGAGCUAUAUAAUGUGAAGUGAGUAACACCAGAAGUAAUGUUGUUGACAAAGUACAACACAGCACAGUGGACUUAUCAUUUGCAUCGACUGUGAUGGUCAAGACUCUACCUGAGUGACAUGUCUCCUGUACUAUGUUAAUUUAUAACUCUUCUUAUUUUGGGGGGAGUUUUGCCACUGCUGAUGUAGAAUCUCUCAAAACUAUGUAUUCUUGCCUGAUACCCAGACACAAGUAUAACCCCCUCCCUACAUAUCCUAAUUUAAAACACGUGCCAGCCAUAGAAUAAAGAUGAAACAAGAUGGUGGAAACAUCACCCGUCUGCAAAGCUCCACAUUUGUCCUCCUUAGUAAAAGGACUACAGCACCAAAGCCAUACGGGGAAGAGGGACUGUUUUAACCGUAGAAUAGAUGAGUUGUCCUCUUUUGAAUACAUGACUCAGAUGAAGGGUUCAAAGAGAUUCAACGUGGAGAAGGAGGACGAGACAACCGGCUGUGACAACCAGCUAAAGGUUCUUCAAUCCCGAUAACAAUCGCACCAUGGCGUUAUAGAUCAAAAGGAAUGUCGUCGUGACGACAUCGUGCCGCAUUAUUAGUUAGCUGUAGAGGAAAAAGUUCAUGACAUUUUGUUGCCCACAUUCAAACCGACGCCCCCCCCCCCCCCAAAAAAAAAUCUGUCAUUGCUACUUACAGGUCCAUAGUACAGUAAAAGAGGGCAAUCACUCUGGAUUUACAUGACUGUAAUUGUGGAAAAUAUGCAAACUGUGUGUGAAGGGCUUCAUGUAACCUGUUAGGUAGCCAAUAUCGAUGAAUUUGAUUUGUUUGGUAAUGACCUUGUGUUGAAUUCCACUUGGCUGAUUUUUAAAGCUUGUUUUACCCAACGAAAACACAUCUAAAUGCAUAAAGAAACACAUGUAUAUUAUAUAUAUAUAUAUAUAUAUAUAUAUAUAAAUCUAAGUAUAUAUUGUAUAUCCUUUUUUGUAAAAGCUGUUUUGAGCUACAAAUGUAUGGAUGCAAUGCAUCAUGGGUUAUUGAACAGGAAAAAUACAAUGAUUUGUACCCACAGAGAUACGAUUGCAGGAAAUGAAAUAAACCUUCCUUGUCUAUGCA